GUUCCUGUUUCAUAAAUGCAUAUUUAUUUUCUGAAAAAUGUAAAGCUAAACAGAGUCGAAAUCUAUCAAACUGCUGCAUCUCUUGUUGGCUCUAAAGAUUUGUCUGGUUUACAGGUGGUCGUAGAUUUCACUUCUUCAUGGUGUGGUCCUUGCCGUAUGAUUGCCCCGUUCUUCGCUGAGCUAGCUAAUAAGUUCACCGAUGCCAUCUUCCUAAGGGUGGACGUCAAUGAGCUGAAGAGGGUUGCCCUGGACUGUGCGAUCGAGACACUGCCAACCUUCAUCUUCCUGAGGCAGGGAAACAUUGUGGAUCGCGUUGUUGGUGCUCGCAAAGAUCUGUUGCCUAAGAAGAUUGAGCUCCACAUGAGGAACUGAAUGCUCGCUUGCAGUAUUGGUGUCGGUGUUGGGUCGUGAACUCGGAGAUUUUGUGGGGUUAGAAUAAACAUAUGUACUGAAUUCCAUCGGUUCAUGAUUAUAUUAACUAUUGAAUAAACUAGUCUUUCAUCUA